AAACAUUGUAGUAAAUUGUCUCGACCAACAAAGCAAAACUUAGCCGAAAGAGGAUCUUUGUGUUUAGUGUGUGGACGAUUGCGAGACGCUGCUGACGAUAGCACCGCCUUGAUUUUUCACGCAUCGGAACAAUGUCGACGGAAAAGUUUGAUCUUCAUAAGGUGCACGAAAAGUUCACAGAAAGCCUCACGGGAGAUGACGAUGUCUACGUGGACCAAUAUCUGGAGGCGUUCAAGGAAUUAUAUAAAUUUUUUCAGCUCAUGGGAACGGUGUUCGGAUUCGUGAGCAGUGACGUCAAGGAGAAGGUAGAGAUCCUGGAAAAGCUGCGUGCGAAGGAAAAUGCCGAAAGUUUUCUCACGAUCCGGACGAUGAUGGAGUACGAACGGGAAUCGAAUUUGCUCAGCAAAAAAGACUACGUAUCCGGCAGCCGAACACUGCUACGGCUUCACCGUGGUUUGGAUUUUAUACAGGAGUUUUUGAGGCGCCUAGGCGAACUCGAUGGGGAUGGAAAAACCAACGGAGUUUGCCAGGCCGCUUACAAUGAUACCCUUGCUCAAUUUCAUCCAUGGCUCAUACGGAAAGGCGCCAACGUUGCAAUGUACGCUCUUCCAAAUCGGGACCAACUGUUAGAUAAGGUAUGCAUGGAUGCAACCAUCGCGAUAAAACUGUUGCCGGACAUGCUAUCCGUUACACGGGACGUAUACAAUCGCACUCAAGAUCUCUACACCAAGUACGACCUGCACGGGUUGCCAUGAACGGUUUCUUUUUCUGGUUCGGAUCGGAUCGACAACAAAUGUUAAGAUUACGCUUAGUGGGUACGUUUUGUUUUACGCGCUUUUAACUUGUUUUACAAUUGUCGAUUUAAGUUAGUCAAU